GGCUGGGGAAGCCUGCGAUCGACUGAAUGCAACACAUAGAUCUGAAGGAAAGGAUUAUUAUAUGGGUUGCAUUUGAUUUUCCUGACCUGCCCUAUCCGGAUUUCGGAUUACUCAACAUUCUUCGGAAUGGAAGGACGAGAUUUUGCUGCUCCGGCUCACCUCCUAUCAGAGCGGGGCGCCCUGGUGCACCGAGCCGCCUCUCGGAUCGCUCCCUCGGGCCACGGCUCUGUACAGCACGGCGGUCACUUCACGCCGGGGAAAUAUUACCCCUCGCACAUACCAAUGGCUCCCCACUCAGGCAGUGGAUUGAUGGGCAAUUCCUCCGCCUCCUUCAUGGGGACCUUUCUGGCCAGUAGUCUGGGUACCCCCUCUUCCCACCCGUCUCACCCUUCCCGGCCGCCCUCCUCGCCCUCCUCACCUUCCUUCCGGGGCGGACCUCACUCCAGCGCCUCGCAAAUCUGGUUUCCCCAUUCGCAUGAAGCUCCAGGGUACCCUCGAUUCUCAGGGAGUCUGGCCCACACGUUUCUUCCCAUGAGCCACUUGGAUCACCAUGCCAACAGCGGAGUUCUCUACGGUCAGCAUCGUUUCUAUGACACGCAAAAAGAGAACUUUUAUCUGCGAGGUCUCCCUUCCCAGCCACCCCUCAUCUCAACCAAUCACAGUCUGCCACCUAUGUCCAGGGCAGGAUCAGGACACUCUCAGGGGUCCUGCAGCAGAGACAGAGAUCCAGGGGUAGGGGCAGGUCUCCAUAAGGGCCUCAAAGAGGGGUCUGUGGAGAGAGGAGUUGUGACUGCUAAGGACAAGGAGAGGACCAGUAGCAAACAGGAGGCAAAGGAGAGACAACAACAGCAGCAGCAACAGCAACAGCAACACAGCCACCAGCCGCCCCAGCCCACACACCACCACCAUUCCCUCUCCCAUCAGCAACACCCACACUAUCCACAGCACCCACUGCCUCUGGAGGAGGUCAACAGUCGGGCCCUGGAGAGGCAUAAGGCAUCUCUCACAAUGGAGUACAGUAAGGAACACCUUCAGAGUAUGGGCAAGCCCCUCAGUGCCUGCUUGCACAAUGGAAAGAUGCAAAACGGAGAUGCAGGAGCUGGGGCAGGGGCUAAGCCCCCAAUGCCCAGCUGUGGGGGGGAGGGCACAGUCCUUGUGGCUAUGGGAGGUGGGGGGAGUAGCCAGGGCAUACAUAUGGUUCCCAGUAGUAAUGGUCGCUGCGGCAAGGAGGGGAUAAGUGGGGAGAUGAGGAUCAGUGAACAACCUUCAGACUGUCUGGAAAGGAGUCAGGCACAGCUCCACCACACUCUUUCCUACUCAGUACCCCCAACCUUACACAUGGGUUCUGCUGCGGGGGGUGCACACCCCCAUCAACAUCCUCAUGCUCACCCCCAUACACAUCCACACCCAGGGGGCUUCCACUGCCUUCAGCUCCAUCCCAGCCACCCACACCACCCACAUCAUUCCCACCACGCACACCAUCACCCAGACUUUUUCUGCCCGCCCCCUCCGGCUCCUUUAGCCAACCCUGCCUCACAUGACAGGGGGCCAGCCAAUGUGGGGCGAGAACCUAAAGUCACAGGGCCUACAUUUGUGCCAUCAGUGGCAGGCCUGGGGGACAAAUCCAGUGGUCCAUUCCAGCAUGGUAACCCCGAAUGCCGCAGUGUGGUUGGUGUGGUUGGUGGCGGCAAUGCCAAGGAGAAGGUUGUAGAAAAGAAUGGAGGCAGUGGGCAUCAUAGUAGUUGGCACAGAAAACAACAACAGCAACAGCAGCAGCAGCAACAGCAACAACAACAACAGCAACAACAACAACAACAACAACAACAGCAACAACAACAGCAGCAGCAGCACACAUACAGAAAGACAGAGAAGGCUCCGGAUUGGAUGCAGGCCCACCAUCAACAUCUUCAGCCCUCACAGCUUCCUCAACCUCCCCAACUACAACAGCCUCCACAUCCCCAACAGCAGCACCAGGUUGUACGAUCACGCAGUGCUGAGUGUGUCAACAGUGUUGUGGACAUGGAUGUGUUCAGACCCUCGCUGUCCCAGGGGCCAAAGGCUGGACACUCAGUCCCACAUUCUGUCAACACUUCUCCUUACAGAGACUGUUCCCAUCCAGGACCCCAACCACACUCCUCCCCGCUGGGAAGUAAAAGCAUAGUCCAACAUAGUGGAGCUGGGGCAGCCCAUGGUCCAGGUCCUGGAGUUGGCUGCACCUUACAGAGAGAUGGUCAAAAAGUAGCCAGGAUACGCCACCAGCAGCAUGGCCGACCUGCGCCAGAUGCUCCUUCUCCUGCAGAGUUGAACCAGGGUACUAGUCAGGAACUUAAAAGAAAAAUGGACAUGUCUCCUUAUGGCUACAGCAACAACAGUGGGCAGCAUCACCACCAGCAGCCCCCAGUGCCAUCAUGGGCCAUGAGGCCUACCCAACACAUGUCCCAACCUGAUGAGCAGGGGAAGUCUUACAUAGAGUUAGGGGUGACUAGUGGGCAACACUCCCAGCAGCAGCAACAACAACAACAGCAACAACAGCAGCCAGGAAUGCCACUUCCCCAGCCUCCCCCUGCACCUCCCCUCAGUCAGCAACAGCAGCAGCAGCCACCACCGCAGCAGCAGCAGCAGCCACCACCACCACCGCAGCAGCAGCAGCCACCACCGCAGCAGCAGCAGCAGCAGCCGCAGCAGCAGCAAACGCAGCAGCAGCAACCUGAGCAGCAACCUGAGCAGCAACCUGAGCCCCAGGGCCAAACUCAGGGGGAGAGCAGUGCUAUGAAAAGCUUACUUAAGUAUAGCAACCAGCAACAGCCACUGCUUCUCUCCCAAAAAAGCCCAUUUGGGGGCCUUGGAAGCCUCAAAUCAGCUGCUGCUGGGGGGAGCUGUGCCAUGCAGGGCAACAAACAAACUCUACCUUCCAGAAAGGGCCCAGCCAAUGACAACGAGCGCUCUGAUUACAGCGGGCGAGGCCGGGAUAUUGGAGACACAGGACAUGGGGAAAGCGAGGUGCGGCAACCACCAGUGGGAAUUGCAGUGGCUGUGGCCAGACAAAGGGAGCCACCAUGUCGAUCUGCAGACGGUCAUCCAAACAGCCGACAGGGCAGGGUACAUCCCUCAGUCAAAGGACCGCCCCGCCCCAUGUAUCCCUCAGAUCCCACCGAAGAGGAGAGGAAAAGGAUGAGUGGGGAACAGUUGGGUUUGAAUUGCUUGGAUAGAGAGAGAGAUGCUUAUAUCAGGGAUAAUAAGGAAAGGGUGGAGUUUGCAAGAAUCCACCCCUCCAACAGCUGUCAUGGAGACCUCACCUCUCAUCUCAUGGUCCCAGGAGGGACUUCCCUCCAGUCUGGCCAAUUAGGAGAUCCUGCUGCACAUUCUGCUCACCAUCACUGGAUGCCAAGAACUGGAAGCCCAUCCCUCUGGAUGACAGGACACUCUUAUGGAAUAGGUCAUUCAGCACUGCACCAGAAUCUACCCCCAGGUUUCUCUACAGCCAUGUCAGGCCCUCUGCAGCCAGUCCUGCCUCUGCCUCAGGACCCCUCUGCCCAGCUGGUGGUCCUGCCCUCUGAGCCUUCCAACCAUGCAACGCAUCACCUGGAUGUGAUGGAGCAGCCAGGGCUGUGGCCCCCUGUGUAUGGCGCCCGGGGCCCACCCUCCCACAUGCAGCAUCCUGCUGUGUACUCCCGAUCCCAGUUUCUACGGCAACAGGAGCUGUACGCUCUCCAACAGCACCAACAGCUCCAGCAUCAGCAUCAACAUCAGCACCAGAUCCACCAGUCGCAGCAACCACAACCACAGUCUCAAACCCAGCAGCAGCAGCAGCAGCAGCAGCAGCAUGGGGCUGCGCAUGGCAUCGACAUCCAACAUCAUGCCACUCAAAACUCACAGAUGCAAAAAGGGCCGGAUGAGCCCUCUGUGGAACUACAGGAACUCAUUUCAGAACCCAGAACGUCCAAACCUGCCAAGCCCUACACUUAUAACGCACCUCGGAGGAACACCCCUCCCCCCGGGGCCUGUGCCACUCACCUGUCCCCUUGUUGCCAAUCCCCUUCACUUCGGCCACAUCCCAGAAGCACUCCCUCUACACCCUGCCCUGCUCCCAGCCCUGCCGCAGCGGCCCCUCACUCGCCUGCCAUCAGCCCUGCCCCACACCAGAUACCCAAGGGGGCCGAAUCCCAGGAAAAGCGAGGAGAGGGACAGCCCCCUCAGGACUACCCACAGUGUCUGGAGCCUGACUUGCCCCGUGGAUACACCUACCCUGCAAUUUCCAUGGGCUACAGGAGCGGGCCCUCCCCCCAGGAUGUUCGACUCGCUGAGCCAGCUGAUCUGGAAUCAGUUCAAGUGGAGCCUGCUGAGCAUACUCCCGAGUCUCUCUCCAGUCUGGGGGAGGAGCUAGACUGCCAAGUGGUUGUCAGGCCCCUCCCAGGGCCACUCCCGUCGGAGGAAGUGCAGAAUGCGGAGGAGGAAAGAGUUGUUGAUAGAGUUCUGGAACAGCGGGAGGAGGGAGACGUAGCAGCGGUGAGAACAUCCAACUAUGUGCCUGGAGAGAAGGAGGUGGAGGAGCAGGGGCCCGCUGAGGAAGAAGUGCAGGUUUGCCCCCCUGCUAAGAGCCCAGUGUGCGAGGCUGCUUUGUUUCCAAUGCCGCUUUCAACAGAGGAGCCUGAACGGCCAGAAGUUGUCGUCACCUUUGAAGAUGACGAUGCAGCGGUUAUUGAGGAGGGCCAGGUCAACAGGACCAGAGAGAAGGAGCCAGAGCUGCCCACCAUCAUUGAGCUUGACCCUGCUUCCCCUGCAGCCCCCGGGCCUCAGUCCUCGUCCAUUGAGGCAGCAGAGGACAGCGACCAGGAACAGAAGAGCAAGAUGACCCCUGAUGACACCACACUGGAUUUUGUGUCUCUUUCCCCUGCCUCAGUUAUUGCCCCGAGCCCGAACCAGGAACCUGUCGCAGCGCCCACAAAACCUCUGGUCCCCUGCUACUGGAGUCUGGAGUUGCUGAUUGCGGCUGCCUUCUGCACAGACGUACCUCCAUUCCCGCUGUAUCCUCAUAGCACCCCAUCAGUUGUCCCCUCAAAGUCCAACCCCCACCACGGUAUGGAGCUCCUGAGUGAGCUGGCAGAUCUGGAGCUACAACAGCAAAAGCGCACCAGUGGAAAAAGCCAGGAAGAUGAGCUGCUGAUGUUUGACCUCCAGAGCCUUGCUACCCUGGCCACUGCCCGUGCUCUGGAGAUGGGCUCUGAGGAAGGCAGUACUUGUGGUUCAGGGCGACACUUCCCCGCCCGUAGGAUCCUCAAUUUACGUAGAAAAUGCAGCUGGACACCUCGCAAUGAACCAGUGUGCCCGGCCAAAGGUAGCAUGGAAACAAUAGACGGUCCUGAACUUGCAAUGCGUGUGAAGUUGGCUGAGCUACAGCGGCGCUACAAAGAGAAGCAAAAGGAGCUGGCCAAACUUCAGAGGAAGCACGAUCAUCAGAAAGAGGAAACACCCCGAAGCCCAGCCAGACGGGGACCUGGACGGCCAAGGAAGCGGAAACCUACCCUCACCUCAGGUCCAGUGUCCUCAUCCGAGGGCCAAAGAAAAGUCAAGUCGAUUGGGGCGGGGCUUGCCCUGUCGCCUGAGGACCUAGGAGGGGGCGGAGACAGCCAGAGAAGGAAGAAGAGGCUGUCCAGUCAAGGCUUUGAGCGCCUCAGCAGCACACAGCAGAUAAAAGCACAGGGCUGCAGAAAAAGCAGUCUUCACAGCAUUCUCAGCUCCAAGCUGGCCGAUGAUGUGACUCAGCUCAAACAGAAAGCCCAGGGUAAAAAAAUUCUCUCAGGGACGGGCUCUAGGGACAAGGAGGUUUCGCCUUGCAACUCCAACCCCAAGCAUGGACACAGAAGCCAGGGCUCAAGCAAACCUGAGUUCAGGCGAGAGUCUGGGGGACAAAGUGACACAGCAGCCAGUGUGGACAGUGGCCCCCAAGAUAUCUGGUCUGGACUAGUGCACGGUGGACGUAAAAAGGGAUCCACCACCCCGACACAGGGCUCCUCCCGUCCCAGAGCAAGGAAUCUCCGUGGCCAGAGGCAGGAAGCAAUGGAAGAGGGGGAGAGCUCCCCUGCAGAAAGUGACUCCUCUGAUCAAGACGAUGAAGAAGAGGAAGGCAGUUAUGAUACUGACCAUGCUCAAGACUACAGGAUCCAACAGCCCAGAGAGGUCACCUCUAGCUCCUGCAUGACAGGUCCGAGUCCAUCAUCUGUUGUAAAACUAGAGGCCAACCAGAAAGCCAGGAACAAAAAACAAAGACAGGAGCUUUACGGAUCCCAGAGUCUGUCUGGAGCAGAAGGCGAAGUCAAAAUAAGGAAGAAGACGCCUCGUAGGAUAGGCCUGUCCCCUGCAGUCAAAAACCGGCAUGAAGACCAUCGGCCUGAAGGGGUCAGAAAGCCAUGUGGGCCCAGGUCUAAGGAGCCUCGGUGGGGCAGCCUCGGGACCAGAGGCAACCGCUACCGGAGGGGCAUGGGCCUGGCCACCUUUACCACCACCAGUGAGAGGCUAAAGAGGGCGACCCGCAAAAGCACAAUGUUGAGAGGAGCCAUCAAUAAGAGAAGAAAUUGCUGGUCGGUUGGGGCAACAUCUUCACAGACUGAAGACAGCAACGGACGAAUAACCAAGGAGCAAAAGCCAAAGGGGCGAGCAGUGAGUCUGCUGCUGGAGAGCUUUGCGGCCGAUGAGGGCUUUCAGAUGGAUGGCAGCAGCUUCUCAGAAGAAGAGGAGGACAGCAGCUUCUCUUACAGCAAGAAAUGCCCAGAAGUUCCCAACUGUGUCCUGACCAAAGAGCUCUUGACUGAUGGACUGAAGGUGCUGAUCUGCAAAGAGGAUGAGCUACUAUACGCUGCAAGGAUCCACACACUGGAUCUCCCAGACAUCUUUAGCAUUGUUAUCUACGGUGAAAGAGGAAACCGCCCAAGAAUCUAUUCAUUGGAGCAGCUGCUACAGGAAGUUGUGCUGGAUGUACGGCCAGAGUCGGAGGCUAUACUCAAUGAAGGAACCAGGGUGUGUGCUUUCUGGAGCGAACGUUCACGCUGCUUAUACCCAGGUUACGUUCGCAGAGGUGCUUCAUCUGAUGAAGGGAAGCAAGGAGGAGUGAUGGUAGAGUUUGAUGAUGGAGACAGAGCGAAGAUUUCUCUCCCAAACAUCCGCCUGCUGCCUCCAGGAUACCAGAUUCGCUGUGGCGAGUCAUCCCCUGCCCUGCAUAUACCCAGUGAGAAAACAGUCAGGAGGUGUUCCAGUCUGGAGCAGGCCCCUUUCAGUGGCAGACCUUCAGACCGAUUCAACAUCAUCAACACUUUAACAAAUAGCCAAACUUUAACUGUCCACAAAAGAAGACCUGGGAGACCAAAGGGUUCUGGUAAAAAACAAAAGCAGCAGCAACAGCAGGCUGAGAAUGCCAAUAAAAGUCCUUCACCUUUCUUGGGUUGGCCUUCGUUGAGCAACAACAGGAAGCGGUCGUCGGACAACCUAUUUCAGCUUAAUGGGACGCCCAGGAAGAUCUUAAGAGGGACAGAAGAUGACUUCUUUCCCCUGUCUAGGACCCAGCCAAUGUCCUCCACCCCAGCCAAAGGCCUUUUCAGCAGCAGCUCUUUUGAGGUGGACUCUUUCAGCAGCAUUGCAAAUGGCUACUCCUCUUUUUGUACUCAGUCUUCAGGGUCAGGUCCAGGUUUAUCUCAGGGCCCAAGAAGUGGGCUGUAUGCCCAGAAGCGCAGGCAAGAUGACCUUGUAGUUCCAAGGAGCAGAAAGUCUGGACAAGAGUUCUUAGUCAAGUUAGAUCAUGAGGGAGUGACCUCGCCUAAGACAAAGAAUAGCAAAGCUCUAAUGUUGCGAGCUGGAUCUUCAAGUGUGAGUGGUAUGCCCAGGACAGAGUCGUACUCUCACCCAGUGCUGCUGGUUAAAGACAACAAAAAGGGUGGUGCCUCCAAAGUAGAACUCCUCCUGAAAGAAACCACACCUCAAAGGAAGCCCUCUUAUUCUCUGCGUAUGGAUGAAUAUGGCGACCUGGGUUUCAGCUCUCACAGAGAGUGUCACAGCUCAUACUCUGAUCUGGAUGAUGAUGAUGAUGAAGAUGAUGAGGAGGAAGAGAGGAGGAGGGCUGCAGUAGCUGCAGCCUCAGGAGGACUAAGGACGGCUGGCCGCUUCCUGUCUCGCCUCUCUGUCUCCUCAUCGUCUUCUGGUUCUUCAAGCUCCUCUUCUUCAGGCUCUCUCUCUAGUUCCAGCCUGUGUUCCUCUGACAAUGAUUCCUCCUACAGCUCAGAGGAUGAGGACAGUUCUACAUUGAUGCUUCAGAGUUGUCUAACUUCCCACCGGGGGCUUCUACAACCCUCUGAACCCUCAACUUCUUCAAGGCCACACUCGCACUCCUUUGUGGCCAAAGCUGUGGCUGUUUCUAAUGUCAAAGGAGGCCCCCCGGACCACGUCUCCAACAGCAAGUCCCUAAAGAGGAAAGAAAGCUCCAGCUCCACCUCUAAAUCAUCAAAGGAUUUUUUAAAGAGACCUAGGGUGCUUCCAGAGGAAACCUCCUUUGUUCCAAGGCCCAAGAUGUCUUCGUGCCUUGCAGGACGACCAAUGUGGAGGUGGUCAGGAAACCCUACACAGCGGCGAGGUCUAAAGGGCAAGGCGAGGAAGCUUUUUUACAAGGCCAUUGUGAGAGGCAGAGACACAGUAAGUGUGGGUGACUGUGCUGUGUUCCUCUCCGCUGGACGUCCCAACCUCCCAUAUGUAGGUCAAAUUGAGAACUUGUGGGAAUCUUGGACCUCUAACAUGGUGGUCAAAGUCAAAUGGUUCUACCACCCUGAAGAAACCAAGCUUGGCAAGCGGCAUCGAGAUGGCAAGCAUGCCCUGUACCAGUCGUGUCAUGAGGAUGAGAAUGACGUCCAGACAAUCUCUCAUAAGUGCCAGGUAGUCAGCAGGAAGGAGUAUGAGUGUCUGACUCACAAUCAGAAGCCGAACAGUACCUUCCCAGACCUUUACUACCUGGCUGGGACGUACGAUCCCACCGCUGGUCAAUUGGUAACUACUGAAGGAGUUUCAAUCCUGUGCUGAACCUCCAUGAGGACACUACUGAAGGACUCCUUUGGAGGGAGGAUAUAAGUCCAUGACUCUACCAACAAGACCAUCCAGUCUGCGAAGACAACAAGUAUUUCUUGGGUAUGCCUUGUGGACCCAUGGAAAAGAAUAUCAGCACCAAAGCAGGGCUGUCUGAGGCUACACACUGGAGUCUAUUGACCUCUAACCUCUUCUUGGAAGUGAAGGGCUUGUCAAUAACUGGUUUAACCUUUCAUGAAGAAUAGAAUAAAGUCUGGGUAUUCCUGGACAUAACAAAAUUCAAUAUGUAAGGUUUUUUUUAAUCAUCUAACUAAUCUCUUUUUAAUGGGUCUAUGUGAUACUAGACAGCUUCAUACAUGGUUUUAGGACUCAUGUUUCUAGCGCCUAUCAUGUGUAACCAAAGGAGAGCUGAGAGUGCAUUGAACUGUGAAAGUAUCAUGAGGCUGAGUAGUCUCUGUGGACCAAUUCUUAAAAAGGUAGCCUUACCUAAGGGAAUGGAAAUAAAAAUGAGGCAUGGGGCUUUCCCUAGACCUCUUCAUUCCAGGGAAGUUGAAAACAUGUACAGGAUGUAAAGUUGAUGUCUGUAAAUAUUUUGAAUUUUUCCCAAUCAAGCCAUACACUUCAGUACCUCUCGCCUGUCUUAACUGUUCAGGUGUACAUUGUAUAGGUCAAUUAUUGUAUUGUUUACUGUUGUCUAUAUGUAUAUAAAAAGGUAUUUUAUAUAGGAGUUUAUUGUAUAUAUGAGAUGUAUCUUUCCAUGUUUGCGAUUGAUUUAUUUUUAUAUGGGUGUAGAAUACAUUACGUUGUUUUUCCUUAGCUUUGGGAAGUCAAGAUUGGAGAUGUUAGUGUUGCACUGCAUAUGCCCUGCUGAGACAGACGGAGCACAAAGACAGAAGGAUUUAUUCUAUAACAGGACAAGACUCACUUUCUGAGAGAGAGGGGUCAUCCUGUUUAUAAAAAAAAUAGGUCAAGUGGCUUUUUUCGUAAAAGUGUUCUGUUACUUUUCAUUACUAUUAUGCUUUUUAAAAAAACGUUUUUAUUUAUGUACUUCUCAGUUGGUCAUCAUCACAAGGCAGAUCCCACUGGACUGCAGUCACGGGUCAAACAUUAUUUAAGAUAAAUGUUAUGAGUAUAAUAUUUAGACACAAUAUUUGUGUGUGAUGAGUGUCCUGGCAUCACUAUAAUCAUGUCCACACAAAUCAAUUUAGAACAAGACCGGGUCUAUUGGUGAACAUGUGUUAAAUGAACACAGUUUGUCACAUUACGACCCACAAAAUACCAAAGUGUCUUUUAAUAUCUUUAUUUCCUUUAUUUAAAUGUAACAUAUGUCAAGCACCUGUAUUGAACUCGAAUCAGAAAUCACUGGUAAAUUAUAGAAUACUUGUCCUCCACUAUGUGCGUAUAUAUUGGCUUUGAAUUGUGACAAUGGUUUCUUGCACAUGUACCUGCAGAUUUGUGUAGAGCAAACAUGCAGCAAAAUGCCACCUGGGAAUGUGACUAUGAAGGUCAAGGUACUGACAAAGUAAGAUGUUGAGUACUGACGAUGUGUUGGAAUUAGUCUAUUUUAGUUUUAUCAGCCAUCUGUGUCUAUUUUGUACAGUGCACGCACAUACUCAAUGCUAACUGUGAAGGACAAUCAGAUUCACAAAGCAAUGGACAUAGAGUAGGUUCACUCAAUCUGAAAAUUACUUGUGUUUAUUUAAUUUGUGCCAAGUACAUUUUGUCUAUUUUUUGUCUUGUUUGAUAUGCAAUCCUGAGUAUUCUUUGUUGACAAAGUUUAAUUUUAUUCGCCAACAUUUUAUUUAUUGUCAUUGUUGCUGUUUGUUCAUGCCAAGAGCGCUUUAUAAGAAUGUGACAUUGUUUUUCUUGAUGUGCAUUUGCAUUUCUUAAAUAAAGCUGGUCUUGUAGAGGCCAUCUAGUGAAAAGAAAUAAAGCAACACUGGAUCUUCUCA